GGGGCGGGGGCCGCGCCCCCAGGAUGUUCCCGCAGGGCCGGCAGCCCCCCCCCCCCCGGCCCCUCAAGUUCUCGGUCCCGGAGACCUGCGAGCGGCUCAAGGAGGAGUUCCGGCUCCUGCAGGCGCAGUGCCACAGCCUGAAGCUGGAAUGCGAGAAGCUGGUGAGCGAGAAGACGGAGAUGCAGCGGCACUAUGUCAUGUACUACGAGAUGUCCUACGGGCUGAACAUCGAGAUGCACAAGCAGGCAGAGAUUGUCAAGAGGCUGAAUGCCAUCUGCGCGCAGAUCGUACCGCUCCUGACGCAGGAGCACCAGCAGCAGGUCCUGCAGGCAGUGGAGAGGGCCAAGCAGGUGACGAUGGCAGAGCUCAACAGCAUCGUCGGGCAGCAGCUGCAGCACCUCUCCCACCACGUCCACCCCGUCGCACUGACCCCGCACCCCUCCAGCGUGCAGCUGCCCAGCCUGGCAGGGGCCAGCAGCGCGUCGGGGCUCCUGGCCCUCUCGGGGGCACUGAUGGCACAGUCGCAGCUGGCUGCCAAGGAGGACAGAGUGGCCCAGGAUGGGGAGAGCAGAGAGCGCAGCCCCAGCCGAAGCAUUUCAGCGUCCCCUCUGGAGAGCCCCCCCGCCGAGGAGCAGACGGGGGGCGCAGGGCUGAAGCGGAAACGGGAGGAGAGGGACCCGGCUGGGCAUUACGAUAGCGAUGGGGACAAGAGCGACUACAACCUGGUGGUGGACGAGGACCCCUGCUCCGAGCCCAGCAGCCCCAGUCGUGCACCCAGCAGCCAGCUCCCGCCAGCCCAGGACAUGGCCAAGAGCCCUGCCUCCGGCGGUGCCUCCGGUGCCUCCAGCCGGAGCGUGACCCCCCUGCAGCUUUGGGACCGGGGGCUGCUGGACCCCCCAGCCUCCACGUCCUCCGUGUCCCCUCCACCCCGCGACACCCUCACGCCUGGCCCGGGGCCUAGCUCGGCCGCGCUCCUCCGGCAGCCUCCAGCCAAGGCACUGGCCACGGACACCACAGCUCUCCGCAGCCCCCUGAGCCUCUCCAGCCCCUUCACCGCCUCCUUUGGGCUGCUGCCCCAUGCUGCCCUCAACGGUGAGCUUGCGGCCCCCGGCAUGUACGUGGGCAUCCACCUCCCGCCGCAGGUCAGCGGCGCCGUCAUGUACGGACGCUCGCCGAUGGUGGCUUUCGAGUCGCACCCUCACCUGAGGGCUUCCACGCUCCCAGCGUCGCUCUCCACUGUCCCUGCAGGGAAGCCCUGUUUACUGACAAACAAGGAGCUGGCCGAUUACAGCUGGUUGCAGCCCCUGUUAGCCAGACCGCUGCAGGUGCCCUCUGCACACGCCUACUCCUUCUACGUCGGCACCGACGGGCAGAUGCAGCCAGUGCCAUUCCCCCCUGACGCCCUCCUGGGCUCCGGCAUCCCCCGGCACGCGCGGCAGCUCCACACCCUGGCCCACGGCGAGGUGGUCUGCGCCGUCACCAUCAGCAGCUCCACGCAGCAUGUCUACACCGGGGGCAAGGGCUGCGUGAAGGUGUGGGACGUGAGGCAGCCGGGCACCAAGACGGCCGUGGCUCAGCUGGACUGCUUGAACCGUGACAACUACAUCCGCUCCUGCAAGCUGCUCCCCGACGGCCGAAGCCUGAUCGUGGGGGGGGAGGCCAGCACCCUGUCCAUCUGGGACCUGGCGGCCCCCACGCCCCGCAUCAAGGCUGAGCUCACCUCCUCCGCCCCUGCCUGCUACGCCCUGGCCAUCAGCCCCGAUGCCAAAGUCUGCUUCUCCUGCUGCAGCGACGGCAACAUCGUGGUGUGGGACCUGCAGAACCAGACCAUGGUGAGGCAGUUCCAGGGCCACACGGAUGGUGCCAGCUGCAUCGACAUCUCUAACUAUGGCACCAAGCUGUGGACGGGGGGGCUGGACAACACGGUACGGUGCUGGGACCUGCGGGAAGGGCGGCAGCUGCAGCAGCACGACUUCAGCUCCCAGAUCUUCUCCUUGGGGCACUGCCCAACGGGCGAGUGGCUGGCUGUGGGCAUGGAGAGCAGCAACGUGGAGAUCCUGCAUGUGAGCAAGCCCGACAAGUACCAGCUGCACCUCCACGAGAGCUGUGUUCUCUCCCUCAAGUUCGCCACCUGCGGGAAGUGGUUUGUGAGCACGGGGAAGGACAACCUGCUCAACGCCUGGCGCACGCCCUAUGGUGCUAGCAUCUUCCAGUCCAAAGAGUCCUCCUCCGUGCUGAGCUGUGACAUCUCCGUCAAUGACAAAUUCAUUGUCACGGGCUCUGGCGACAAGAAGGCCACGGUGUAUGAGGUGCUGUACUGAGGGCCCAGCUGCUGCUGGCGCUCUGCUCCCUGGGACUGAGCCCCAAAACGGCCCUGCCCCUGGGCAGCCUGGAUGCGGCAUGAGCUGCUCUGCAGCCCUCCUCCUCCCC